GUGAUCACAAGGGAGGGUCGCUUGCAAGCCCGCUAAACUUCCGGGCCCCUCAUCCGUGGCCACAGCUAGCCACGGGCUACCACGCUCGCAAGCUCCUCUUCUAUAUAACCUCCCGUGCCCUGCCUCUUCCUUUUCUCCAUCCCUCCGACGCGCUAUUCCUUUCCGCGUCUCUUGCUCGUAUCUACAAAAGACUACUCGGUAUCGCUCACCAACAGCCCGGUUCUCAUCCAACCGUCUGCCCGCUGCUCCGAGUCCCACUGUGCUUUGACCCGACUCAACAAUGUCGACCCAGACCGCGUUCUCGUCCUUCGACCCCCUCGCGACCCACCCGUUCACGAACAACUCCGGCUUGCUGCCCAAGCCCGCCGCGCCGUCGCAGUUCCCCCGUCCUAUCCCGGCGACGCUGAAGGCGGACGCUGCGACGGUUCCGGUGCCGAGCUCGCACAACGCGAUCCGCGCGCCUCAACCUCGGAAGGCGCCUCCGCCAUCCAAGUCGAGCGCGAAGUCGGCCUCGAGUGGUCCGAGGCCCAUCUUCGUGCCGUUCCGCCCUGAGCGGUCGUCGCCGGAGCUGGAUGACAUCUUGCUGAAGAAGAGAGUCUCGGACGUCUUCGCGAACAAGAAUACCUGGAGCAUCGACCAGCUGGAGUAUGCGCCGGGCAGCUCGCCGCACGCCAGGCGGUGAUGCCGGUGCUCGCGAUACCCAUUGAUGUACUAUACCCAUCCAUGACCAUGACUUGUCGUCAUCGAGUGUUGUGGAUUGUACUCUAUCACCCUGCUGCCUGCUCAUUUCCGUCAAUUCCGCGACGACGAUGGUGGAAAGCUGUGGACUGUAAUGAUAUGACCAGCCUGAGGGCUACUCUAGGAUACGACAUAUUGGGUAAUCGGUGCGCUCGGGAGGAUUCGUGGCUUCUCAUAUUGACUCGCAUGUACUUGUGCUUCUUUACCUGGUUUCAUCCCAUGCAAUGACUUGUCUGCUGCUGCCUAUUAGCGCCACUGCCUGAUCUCAAUCUACGACUA